UGAACUCGUGUAUUAGACUUCUGCGUCAGCCUUCAUCGAGUGUGGACGUCUGUCUCUCGCCUGUGUAUCAGUGACAAAUUUCCACCGUUCUCUCUGGGACGCUUGUCCUCAUCUAUUCUGCCCGCCGGGCACUCUACAGGAUGGACACCUGUUCAUCGGGUUACUUGAGCCAGCUCCAUUUUUUUCCGCUCUGUGGAUAAUUCUUUAACGGUCUUUGGUGGGAAGCUGGUUACUGAACUCAGGUGGGGGUGUGUGUGCGUCCCGCUCUGCUGGGACUUGGCAAGGUGGUCCACCGGAUCUAAUCGGAAACUUAAAGUUUUAUGUCUCUGUUUACAAAGGAACUUUUGUUGGCAACAAAUCUCCCCCAACAUUGGGAAGGCGGUCUCCAUACAGCGUAUGUUGUCAGUGGCCCUGAUAAACCCAACAAAGAAGAAAAAAAAGAUAUAAGUUAAGUUUUUUCAGAUACACAUAAAGUCACAUAAAUUAUCAUACAUAGCAACAUGUGUGUAAAUUACCAAAAAAGUCAGACAAAGUGUCUUAUUUCCAUUGGGGUCCUUGUAAUAACUGAUAAAAGGAGAUAUACUAGGAAUAAGGUAUUUAGCGCUUCUUUUUUUUAUAUAAUAAUAAUAAUAAUAGGAAUAAGGUAAAGUGAGUUAUUUGUAAGUAUUAAGUCCUGGAGACGAGGAACUUCUGUGCCGACUGAAACAAGUCAGAGAAGAGGAAGAACUCUUGCAAUUAUCGGCAGAAGAAACCUUUUUUAUUUAUUUAUUAAUUUAAACAUGAUACAUAAAGUACAAAGAAAUACAGUGGUUAAGUGUAACAUGGCAAAGCCCCUAAUAUGCAGAGCAUUAUGGGCAGGCUUAAAAUUAACUUAAGAUUAACUAAGCAAUGAUAUAUUCAGUGGUAAACAUUAUCGUAAACAAAUAACAAUUAAGCACAAAUGAGUAUUUCAAAGAUAGGUCAUAUGAUUAUUUACUGUGUUGCUGAGCAUUCAGUACAAUGGAGUAUUCUGUUAGGUAAUGUAAUUAAAAAUAACAAAGUUUCAUUGGGUCACAGGUUAAACAUUUAUGAGAUACAAUUAUUCAGUAUUUAUUUAGUUGUGGUUGAGUAAGUGAUUUUUAAGAAGAUACUUGAAUUUAUAAACCGACAUUGUUUCUUUUAUAUUCAUAGGUAAUGAAUUCCAGACUUUUGGGCCUUUUAUGUGCAUUGUUUUUUUACAUAGUGUGAGAUGGACUCGAGGAACAUCAGAGUGAUCUGUGCCUUGUGUUAUGGUCAUGUGUUCUGUUGAGGUUGGCAAGGAGAAGUUUGAGGGGAGGUUUUAUAUCUGACUCCUGAAGAACUCGUGCAUGUAGUCAUCAGAAGUGAACCUAUAAGCUGCUGGCAUCUCGAAGAAGAGGAACAUCAGAAGAGCAUGGAGAGGCAUGACAGCCUCUCUGAUUGUGAGGAAUCAGACGAUGAAUGGUUCUUUGACUCGGUUAGAAGAUACGAAGACUUGCUAAUAUACGAUGUACAUGGGUUUAUUUGCUCUGCAGCCUUCUGUGAUGACAGCAGAUUGCUUUUGGCAGUUUCUAGAGAACAGCACCAUGAGGUAUGGGAGCUGGGUUUUCCAGAUAAAUUGGUUACAAAGAAAGAUGCAGGCCUGGUCAAAAAUCGAGACUUCAGUUUACUGGCAGCUGGUUACACUGAAAGUAUGACAAAGAAGAUGGUGUACGUGGCAUCGGGUGUGGUAACCUCAGGAGCAGAUGGUGUGCACUUUUAUUCCAUACCACAGUCUAAGUCAGAAUCAGAUGUGAUCAGCUUAACCAGGGCCCUGAGAAAGGAUGUGAAGGAUGCCUCCUUGGCUUCGUCCGGCAUUAGUGUUUACGUUGGUGAAUCUCUCUCUCUCAUCAACAGUUUUGAUCUGAAUUCAAGCAAAGUGUCUGAAGUCCUCAAGAUUCCAAAUGAUACUGCAAAUAAUAGUGUUGUGGACUGUAAGGACGCAAUUAGCAACAUGUCUUAUGUGUGUGAAAAACUUUUUAUAGGCCUGAGAGACAGAGGAAAUGUGCUUUUGUAUGAGCCAAGACUAGGUAAGGUUGCACAAGACAUAGCAACAUCAAAUAUUUUAGAGAAAAAUUGGACAAUGGAUGUCAGUCGUGGUGGAGACUUUGUGGCUAUUGCUAACUCCUAUGGUACUUUAAAUGUUUAUGAUAUAAGGAAUUGUAGCAAAGCAAUUUUUGCAGAUACAGUGAAGGUGGAAGAAAACAAACUGGAGAUCCACGAAGUAUGCAUUAGCCCAAAUAGCUCUUUUGUAUCAGUGUGUGGUCGUGACACAAAUGUUCGUGUUUUUAACUUCAACAGAGCUGAGGUGAAUAAUGGAAAUGUAUUCACUCACGAUGGUCAUAGAGGACAUAAUGUAGAGAGUAUUGUAACUCAUUUAUGGCACCCAUCAAAGGACAAACUUGUUCUUUCUGCUGAUAACACAGGUAAGCUAGAGGCUUGGAGGUUUAGAUAGAUCCAGUCUCUAGAGAAAUUAACAGCUAUAUGUAUAUACAGUGGACUCCCGCCUUACGAUCAGCUCCCAACUCGAACAGUUAUGUAAGUGUAUUUUUGUAAGUGCUUUUGUACAUGUAUUUUUGGGGGUCUGAAACGGACUAAUCUAAUUUACAAUAUUCAUUAUGGGAACAAAUUCGUUCGGUAACGGCACCCGAACAAACUUCCGGAAUGAAUUAAUAUCCUAAGUUGGGGGUCCACUGUAUUUAGAGUAAUUUAUCGAAGGGUCUCUUUAAAAUGUGAUUGCAGAGUACAGCAAUACAGAUUACAGCCAAUUAACCCUUUCAGGGUCCAGAGGCCAAAUCUUAGAGUGACAGCCAGGGUUCAAGAAUUAAAAAAAAAAAAAAAAACUUACAGAAUUAAAGAUAAUAUUUUUCUUAUUAUUUUGUUAACACACUGGCUGAUUCCCACCAAGGCAGGGUGGCCCGAAAAAGAAAAACUUUCACCAUCAUUCACUCCAUCACUGUCUUGCCAGAAGGGUGCUUUACACUAUAGUUUUUAAACUGCAACAUUAACACCCCUCCUUCAGAGUGCAGGCACUGUAAUUCCCAUCUCCAAGUAAUAAAACAAAAAAACAAAAAAAUUCCCUAAAGUCAGUACCUGACCAGCCGGGCUGUGAUUCGUACGUCAGCUUGGGUGCGGCCAGCAGUAACAGCCUGGUUGAUCAGUCCCUGAUCCACCACGAGGUCUGAUCUUAGACUGGGCCGCAGGGGCAUUGACCUCUGAAACCCUCUCCAGGUAUACUCCAGGUAUUUCAAGCUUACACGUAUAAGGAAAUCUGACUAAUCUUUUCAUUAAUAAACUGAAAGACAGGGUACAGUGCAUGUAAUAAAGUUUCUUCAUUGUUAUAGUACAAGGGAGAGGGGAGGUAUGAUUUACAAACACCAGAUUUACAGACACCAGAUUUACAGACACCUGGCUUACAAAUACAGUGGUACUUUGACUUACGAGUGCCCCAACUUACGAGCCGUCGCUAGGUGAAUGUUUUGCUUUGAGUUGCGAGCCAAAAUCUGAGUUACAAGUGAGCUUCCGAUACGUCACCACUAGUUGGCCCAGCGAACGCCACAACAUCCGCCCAGCAUCCCAGCGUUUUGUGCUUUUUG